GAACUACUGAGACAGCGCCCACUUCAAAUAAGCGUGCUUGUAGUGAGUUAAACUAUCUGUUCCUAGUUGCAAUCUCAAGAUUUUCCUAAUUUGAGGGUUGCUUUAUCACCCAUUGUCUAUUGCCUUCCUCGAUAUGUAUUUGUAAAAAAAGAAAACAAUGGUUAUGUAAUGUUUGAAAUCUGUCAAUGAAUACUGAAAAUAAAUCCAAGUUAACACUAUCAAAUUGUGUUUGUGAUAUUUGUCAAUGCUUUAAUAAUAAACUAGAAAAUAAACAAUAUACUCAUGUUAAAUGUAAAUUGAAUGAUAAAGUUAAAUUAUGGAAUCGUUACGAAGGAAUUGUGAAAUUUAUUGGUCCUAUUCAUUUUAAACAUAAUGUCAGUGUUAUUCUUGUUGGCAUUGAAUUAGAUUCACAUAGUAAGUAGUGAGAUUAGUAUUAUUCUGUACACUUCUAAUUAUUAAAAAAAUUUACUAAUAGUUUCUAGAUUUACAUUAAAUAAUUAUAAUCUCUACUGUGAUCAAAUGAAACGUAUUCUUGUACCAACAACAUUUUUUACAUUAUUAUCACCAGGAAAACGUGGUUAUCCACAAAUUAAAGGCUUUAAAAUGAAUCCAAACUAUAAACUAAUACAGAAAAAUCGUGAACUUUAUAAAACUAUGUAAGUUGUAAUUGAUUGUUUGAUGAGACUAUAAUUUAUAGACGACCAUUAAGCGACGCUAAACUGACCUUAAGAGUGUCUACCUAAUAACUAGGACCAAACGAGGAUUAUAAACCUGUAUAAAGGAUUGGAAUUAUGAUUUACAUUUGAUGGCUAAGAUUAGAAAUUAGACUUUGAGUUUUUCUUACGAGCUGAUAUCAGCUAUAAUGCCAAAACUUUAUUUAGCCAAAUGGAUGAGCGAAUUUCGCUCUAAAAUCCGAAACAUGUUAUCUUACAUCUGAUUGGUUCGUCCAUAAAUUAUAGUCUUUCCGAUUGUUUUUUAUGAAAUAAUUCCUUAUGUUAUCAUUCAUAGUGACCCAAUAUUGUAUCAGUUGAGAUUUCAAAGAUAAAUGGAUAAAAAUUACUCAUGCCGAUAGAAAGAAUUCGAUAAAGAUGAAGACUAUAUGGAAGGGUCCUAGUAUCAUCUGUUCAAUAUUUCAUACUUCAAUGAUUGAAGCAUUAUAUAAUUAUAAAUGCUGUGAUAUAUAUUCUAUAUAAAUAUAUAUUAUAUUGGAAGAAA